AUGGCAGACUACAACAUCCCCGACGUGAUGCUUCAUCGCGUGAUCCCCUCCAUGUUUAACCCUGUAGAUUUCCCAGUGCAAUGGGUUGGUGAUAACCCUACCCUCGGCGAAAGGCGCCAGUAUAUACACACCUAUCUGGAGUGGCGUUUGCCGCAUGACGAUAUGGAGAAACAGGAGAGUGAGCUGCGUGACUUGGCUGAACGGAAGGCAGCCAUGAAACUGAUCAAUGGAAAUGUCGCCGAGGUUGGUGCCCAGCAAUUUGAAUGGAUGGUUGAUGAAGUGUUCUGGCAUACAUGGCUUGGGUACCUAGGCAAUACUCCUCCAUUCCCAUGGCCAUGCCUUGCGGAAAAGGAUGAGCCAGAGAACAUCUCCCAAUCCUUUGACAGGUGGCUGGGUACCUACAUCAGGGAGGGUGAUCUGGUGAAGGCUCUAGAGUCUGGCGACAAUGCCGCUGACGCAGAGCAGCACCAACUCCCCAGCAGCGAGACCACCGCGACGACCCAACACUUGACAAUUGCCGAAAGGAGCAACGAGAGCGAUCAGGUGCAGAAGUUGAGCGAGCAAGUUGAUCGGCUACAACAGGAGCUACGGCAGCGGGACGAGCAAAUCUCGCAGAUGCACAGGAGAAUCCGGCGGCGGGACCAACGAAUCUCGGAUAGGGAUGGAAAGAUCCGGCUUCUAGAGAGCCUAUUGCAGCUGGAGCGCGGGCAAUCGCGGCGAGAGCGCGAGAGCAUACAGCGGCAGGACCAGGAUUCGCAGCUGCAGCAACAGUGGAAGGAGAUGCAUCGGAGGCUCCAACAGCGGUGA